CCCUCUCUUUCCGUCUCUCCAAAAUUCUUCCCCCCCUCCCUCUGAAACUCUCCAGUCUCUCAGCAUCUCAACAGCGAUGGUGGAGACGAGAAAAUUAAAGAGCUUAUCAGAGCUCUGGUGGAAGACUUAGAUAUUGGAUCUCACGAAGCCAAUACUGUAGCUUCGUCGUCACCUUCUUCCCCUCUGCUUACGACCCUCCGCCUCAAUCAGAGAUUGAUAGGAAAAGAUCAGGUAAAACAUUAGGGUUUUUUACAUUUUUCCUUCUGUUUUUUUCAGUCGGUGAAUUCUCUGUGCAACUAAAAACUCCAACAUUUUGGAUCCACCAUCUUUCUCUGUAAUUAUAGUUACGGUAUAUCUGAGCAUUCUGUGUGGCUUUUUGUGUGUAGUACUAAUUGCAAAAUAUUGAGUUCAACAGACAAUGCAAUCCAAAACCUCAAGCCUAGCUCCAGCUCUCAACUAUUUCCCAACCCUCAAACCCCCACACAAAACUCUAGCUUUCCACCGAUUUUCAGUCCUCAUCAUCACCUUCCUUGCCUAUGCGUCGUUUCAUGCCUCUAGAAAGCCCCCAAGCAUUGUCAAGAGCGUGCUUGGACCCACAAUUCAGUCCAAUUCCAGCUCAGCCGAUACAGGGUGGGAUCCCUUUAAUGGUCCCCAUGGUGCGCACAGGCUAGGAGAGCUUGAUCUUGCAUUUCUUUCUGCGUAUUCGAUUGGAAUGUACUUUGCAGGGCAUGUCGGGGAUCGGAUUGAUUUGAGGUUGUUUCUCGUGUUUGGGAUGAUGUGUAGUGGCAUUUUAACAAUAUUCUUUGGGUUAGGAUAUUGGUUUGGUGUUCAUUUGUUGGGGUACUUUAUGGCUGUUCAAGUACUUUGUGGGUUAGUUCAGUCAAUUGGGUGGCCUUGUGUGGUAGCAGUAGUGGGAAACUGGUUUGAGAAAGAAAAGAGGGGGUUGAUCAUGGGGGUCUGGAGUUCACAUACCUCAGUUGGAAACAUUAUUGGUUCAGUUGUGGCGUCUGGGGUUUUGGAAUUUGGAUGGGGUUGGUCCUUUGUGGUGCCUGGGGUUUUGGUCAUUUUGAUCGGCAUUUUAGUGUUUUUGUUUCUUCCCGUGAGUCCAGAACACUUGGGGUUUGAGUCUUUGGUAAAGGAGAUUCAGAUGAAUGUGGAAGUUAAUGGCAUAGAGAAUUUGGAGGGAAAAGUGGAAUCAGAGGAAGCAGGUCUUCUUGGAACAGAGAAUGCAGAUGUCGAUACAGGUGCAGAUUCUUUGGCUGCAAUUGGCUUUUUAGAGGCAUGGAGGUUACCGGGCGUGGCACCAUUUGCUUUCUGCCUAUUCUUUUCAAAGCUGGUGUCUUACACUUUCUUGUACUGGUUGCCCUUUUACAUAAGGCACACAGCUGUUGCUGGUGUGCAUUUGUCACACAAAACUGCUGGGAAUCUUUCAGCCAUAUUUGAUAUUGGAGGAGUCUUCGGUGGAAUUUUAGCUGGAUUGAUAUCUGAUAUGAUUGAAGCUCGAGCUGUAACAUCAAUUGUAUUUUUGUUGCUUUCGGUUCCAGCCCUUGUUUUCUACCGGGUUUAUGGAAGCCUAUCUAUGGUUGCCAACAUUCUUUUGAUGUUUCUUUCUGGAUUGCUGGUGAAUGGCCCAUAUUCACUAAUUACCACAGCCGUUGCUGCUGAUCUUGGUACCCAGACAGUGAUCAGAGGAAAUUCCCGUGCAUUAGCUACUGUAACUGCAAUUAUAGAUGGUACAGGUUCUGUUGGGGCGGCUCUUGGCCCACUUUUAGCUGGGUAUAUUUCUACCACAGGGUGGAACAAUGUAUUUCUUAUGCUAAUUUUUGCUAUUUUCUGUGCAACUUUGUUUUUGAUUCGCAUUGCGAGAACGGAGAUCAAAGGAAAUUUGAAUGAGGGAAAUGGUCUUUGUAUAGCAUAGGCACACAAUGAUUGAGAUUUUCUCAAGGCAUAUCUUUUUUUUUUUUUUUUUUUGUCUUUCUUGUCAUACCAGAAGAGUAGAUUUCAUUCAGAGAGAGGGGCUAUUGGUGGGGUCAUUUGUGUAUGUUUGUAUCUCAUUGUUUUGUAGCUCAUUCAUUGUUCCCAGUUUGUUGGGUUUCUUACCUACGUACAGAUACAGCUAAUUAAUAAUAAAAAUUCUUCGACGGUUUGGAUC